AUGGUGGAUCCAAGUCUUUCUAAGCAACUGAAGAGGGGUCGACAACCAGGAGAAGGUUCAAGUCGCGUCGUGGACGAAACCGGUGGAGGAGAUGAAACCCCAAGUGAUGAGGACGUUCGACCUAAAACUCGUGGUAAACAAGGAGGUGGAAAGAAGGGUCGACAACAAGGCCAAGGUUCAAGUCGUGUUGUGGAGGUAAUCGGUCGAGGAGAUGAUACCCCAAGUGAUGAGGAAGUUCGACCUAAAACUCGUGCUAAACAAGGUGGUGGUAAAAGGGGUCGACAACAAGGAGAAGGUUCAAGUCACGCUGUGGAGGAAACUAGUCAAGGAGAUGAUACAACACGUGAUGAGGAAGUUCCACCUAAAACUCGUGGUAAACAAGGAGGUGGUAAGAGGGGUCGUAAAAGUGGUCGUUAG